GUAAAUAUUUUGAAUUGCGUUGUAUUCUUUGCCACCAUGUUGUUUGACGUAAACUUCACAAUGCUCUCCAAAACAGACUUAUAUGGAAGUAUGUACUCUUAUGUUGCAGAAAUCCCAUCAACCGAUUGAAAGAGACGAAUCACAUUCAUAUAUAGUUGUCAAUACCAGAAAUCCCAUCAACUCAUUGAAAGAGACGAAUCACAUUCAUAUAUAGUUGUCAAUACCAGAAAUCCCAUCAACCCAUUGAAAGCGACAAAUCAGAUAUUUAGUUUUCAAUAACAGAGGCGGCGGAGAUAUGUUUCCUAACAACACUGUGAAAGAUUCAUACACUGCUGAAGAAGAUCUGGUUGACAACACAGGAAUUGCUUUAAGUGAAAUGAAUUGUACAAAUGAAAAUCACCUUCAACUGCCUGUCGUUUCAUUUUCUCAACCAAUGAGCAACAAUUUCCUAAUUUAGAGGGGUGCAUUAAUUUCUCUGUGCUUAAAAGAUCAAUCUUUCGGUUUGAAUAUGUCUUCUACAGAUCUAACUAAUGCAAAUGAAAACAACAAUGGGUGUAACGAGUCUGUAUAUUCUGUUUGUGUAACAGAAAAUUUACAGAAGUGUACUAUGAUACAGGGAAACAGUCAACCUAAUGAUCAGAAAAAUGAUUUACAGGAAAACAUCAACACACAUAGUGAAAAACUUUAUCAAUGUGAUGUCUGUGGAAAGGUUUUUAAAUGGACAACGAAGUUAGAAAUACACAUGAGGACACAUACCGGUGAUAAACCUUAUAAAUGUGAAGUCUGUGGUAAUACAUUCAAUCAGACAGGAACAUUGCAGAGACACAUGAGGACACAUACUGGUGAUAAACCUUACAAAUGUGAUGUAUGUGGGAAGGCAUUCAGUCAGACAGGAACAUUACUGAUACAUGGGAGGACACAUACUGGUGAUAAACUUUGUGAAUGUAAUGUAUGUGGAAAGACAUUCAGUCGGACAUUAUUUUUACAGACACACAUAAGAACACAUACUGGUGCUAAACCUUACCAAUGUGAUGUCUGUGGGAAGGCAUUCAAUCAGAAUGGGGACUUAAAGAGACACUUGAGGAUACAUACUGGUGAUAAGCCCUAUAAAUGUGAUGUCUGUGGGAAGGCAUUCAGUCACACAGGAAGCUUACAGGCACAUAUGAAGACACAUACUGGUGAUAAACCUUAUAAAUGUGAUGUCUGUGGAAAGGCAUUUGGUUACCUAGGAAACUUGCAGACACACAUGAAGACACAUACUGGUGAUAAGCCUUAUAAAUGUGAUGUAUGUGGAAAGACAUUCAGUCACACAGGGAGAUUGCAGACACACAUGAGAACACAUACAGGUGAUAAACCUUAUAAAUGUGAAGUCUGUGGAAAUGCAUUCAGUCAGACAGGAAAUUUGCAGACACACAUGAAGCGACACACUGGUGAUAAACCUUAUAAAUGUGAAGUCUGUGGGAAAGCAUUCAUUCAUACAGGAAUCUUAGAGAAACACGUGAGAACACAUACUGGUGAUAAACUUUAUGAAUGUGGUGUUUGUGGGAAGGCAUUUCAUGAGAGAAGCAUCUUACAGAGACACAUGAAAUUCCACUAACCAACUGAAAGAGAGGGCUCAGGUUCCGAUAUAGUUAUCAAUACCAAAGACUGCAGAGACGUGCUCACCAAGAACUCUGGGGGAGAUCCAUAUAUUGCUGAAACAAUCUAAUUAAAAAUGUCUGUGGGCAAAGUUCUUUUCUAUGAGAAGUAAAUGACCAAGCCUUGAAUCUGAAUAUCUCUUCUACAAAAAUGAUUGUCAAAAGUAAAAGUUUAUAGUUGUAACUGUCUAUCAUGCCGAGAAUUGACAAAAGUGUAUAAUGAUGCAUUCAAAUAGUGAACUCAACGAUGAUUUACAGAAGUAUAUGAACAAAAAUAGAGAUGAAAAAACUUAUAAA